AUGUAUAAAGACAUCAAGAGGUAUUACUAUUGGGUUCGCAUGAAGACUAAUGUGGCCGAGUGGGUGGCUAAGUGUCCUACUUGCCAACUCGUCAAGGCUGAGCAUCAAGUACCUAGUGGGCUACUUCAGAACUUACCUAUUCCAGAAUGGAAGUGGGAUCACAUAACCAUGGACUUCGUGUCCGGAUUUCCCACGACCAGGAACAGGAAGGAUUCAGUUUGGGUAGUGGUGGAUCGUUUGACCAAAUCAGCUCAUUUCAUACCAAUCAAGAAGACUGAUGGUGUGGAGCCUUUGGUGCAGAUCUACAUGGAUGAAAUAGUACGCCUGCAUGGAGUGCCUGCCACUUAUCAUCCGCAGACAGAUGGUCAGUCAGAAAGAACCAUCCAGACGUUGGAGGAUAUGUUGAGAGCAUGUGUUUUUGACUGGGGUAACUCCUGGGAAAAACAUUUGAAGUUGCUGGAGUUUGCUUACAACAACUGCUUCCACACGAGCAUUGGGAUGUCGCCUUAUGAAGCCUUAGGUCGAAAAAGGGUGUCUGGCCGAAGGAAGCUAGAUCCGAGGUACUUGGGUCCUUUCCGGAUUAUAGAACGAGUUGGAGUGGUGGCUUACAAGCUGAACCUACCAACACAAAUGGAAGCAUUUCACUAUGUGUUCCAUGUGCCUCAGUUAAAGAAAUGUCUUUCAGAUCAGGACAUUAUCAUUCCAGAUAUUCCAUCUGAUCUAGGCACGAACCUCACCUUAGAAACGAGGCCGGUUCGGGUUGUAGACAGAAUGGAGAAAGGAAUGAGACGUAAGACCAUAGAGAUGGUCAAGGUGAUUUGGGAUUGCAGUGGACAAGAGCAAGUCACUUGGGAGACCGAGGCAAGAAUGAAGGCUGAUUUUCCGAAAUGGUAUCAUCAGUUCUCCAUGGAAGGUCUAGGGUCGGAUUCGAAGACAAAUCCAUCUCAAGUGGGGGAGACUUGUCAUGUCCCUCAUUCUAGAUACUGCCUUCGGGCACAGCCAUGGUGCGAGGAGAUGCACCAGUCAGGUCACACGACCCAAUGA